CAACAUCUCGCCACAGGCACCAAUUUUUUCCACUUUAGCAGCCGCUCCAGACACUUUGUUACGACACUUUAGCAAGAAAUCCCCUGGAAUCGACGCCUUAUUCCACAUAUCCUAUUACAACAUCGUCGGUCGACACCAUGUUGCCACUGCAAAUAUACCCAACAACAAGAACGGACAAAACAUCUGCUGAACGCUGGAGACCACUCGAACCCAGAAACCCACCUCACAACCCACAAUUCACCUCAACAUUCGUCCAACACAUCAACUCCAACUUUGUUCCCACCACAGCCGCACCAACGCAUCAGAAAUCCAAGCGCACCACAAUACAGCCUGGAACUCUUCUCCUUCUUCAGUCGCCCAAAGGAAGCUACUUCAUCCAAAUUUCAACCACAUCUCCCUUGACUGCCCAUCUGCUGCGACCAUACGAUUGGGAAUCUCUCGUUCAAUUCGGUUCUUAUCCGAAAGAUGCCUGGGAUCGACGAUUUCUAUCGGAGACAGCCCUUGAUGCUUUGAUUACUGAGGAAAGUGAUGUUACGGUUGAGCCUUCACGAGAACAUUUGGCGUCGAUUGAGGUAGCUCGAAGAAGGUUCUAAGUGAAGUGUGAGAUAGCAACUGAUUCUAGGAGAAGCUUCAACGGGUGGAUUUUGGGAAGCUCUGCAGCAUGUCUCGAGUUCCGCACGAGGAGUUUGGUGCACUGUAGCGGUUGAAUUGUGGACAUGUGUUUCACGAGGUAUGUUGGGAUGAGGCGAUGAUGGUUUGGAAGGCAGAGUGCCCAUUUUGUCGCUGUAGCUAAGUAAUCAAGGAGUGGUGGAAGGCAAAGCUCAAGUAGCAUGAACCAUUUUCGCAAG